AUGACCAGUUUACAAGAUUUCAAUAACUUAAUUAGUCGCAUGCUUUUUCCUGAAAAUGAAGCAAGAAAAGAAGCGGAAAAACAGUAUGAUCAUAUUGAAUUGUUACCAAAGGCCCAGCUACUGUUUCAAUUAUUUAUGGAUCAAAGUGCUGAUAUUGAGACACGAUCAUUGUGCCUAGUAUUAAUGCGAAGAAUCCUAUCACACCAAUGGGAUGAAUUAUGGCCUGCUUGGUCUGAGGAAAAUCGGCGGGAGUUCUGCGAGCAGAUUUUAAAAUCAGCAACUGAAGAGCAAAAUGCCGUGCUGCGGAAACGCUUGACUGAUAUUAUUGCCGAGGUUGCUCGAUCUACUAUUGACACCGAAACAGGACGUCAAAGCUGGUCAGGUGUUAUUCAGUUUUUGGAAUUAUGUGCUUCAGAUAAUGCCAUGUUAUGCGAAACAGGAAUGAUUUUAUUGGAGAAUGUUCCAUCUAUUUUUGGAUGUGAUCAAGACCGAUAUCUUCCCGGAAUUAAGCAAAUGUUCCAAUCAUCAUUGCUUUAUGGUAGCAAAGGAUCGGUUAGAACUGCUGCAGUACGCGCAUAUGUUGCUUUUAUGUGUGAAAAUGAAGAGGAUGACAGAGUUAUUAGAUCACUUUCUGACCAAGUGCCUGCAGUUAUCCAGGUAUGUCAGCAUGUGGUAGCUACAGAAGAUGAUGAUGACGUACCGUUGCAGUGCUUGGGAGACCUUGCAACAAGUGUUCCGAAAACUCUACAGCCACACCUAACUGAAGUAUUUACACUGUGCACAUCGACAGUCGCAGAUAUACACAAGGAUGAUUCAUAUCGACACAGUGCACUCGAAGUGAUGGUAUCGUUGUGUGAGAGUGCUAGUGGUAUGGUCAAGAAGAAAGCAUCAUCUUAUAUUCCAUCGUUGUUAAAACAGUGUCUGGAUCUGAUGACUGAACUUGAUGAUGAUACAGAAGAAUGGUUGAAUUGCGAUAAUGCUGAUGAAGAUAAUGGAGAGGACAAUGCUGGCAUUGGAGAAUCAUCACUAGAUCGUAUAUCGUGCAGUUUGGGAGGCAAAUUUGUGUUGAAUCCGUUUUUGCAUAUUGUGCCACGCAUGAUGCAAGAUGUUGAAAAUUGGAAAAAUCGACACGCAGCAAUUAUGGGAAUUUCUACCAUUGGAGAAGGUUGCAAGCGUCAAAUGGAACCAGUUAUCGAAGAAAUAGUUAAUAAUGUUCUGCCAUUUUUGGGAGAUUCGCAUCCACGUGUACGAUAUGCAGCUUGUAACGCCCUAGGGCAAAUGUCAAGUGAUUUUUCACCGACACUUCAAAAAAAAUGCCAUGAAAAGAUCGUGAAUGGUUUAUGUACACUUCUGAUCGAUUUAAAUUGUCCGCGCGUUGCGGCGCAUGCCGGAGCUGCACUUGUCAACUUUAGUGAAGAUUGCCCAAAAAAUAUCAUUGCAGUUUAUCUUCCUCAAAUAAUGGAAAAAUUGGAGUUUGUUUUGGAUCACACUUUCAAACAGCUUCUGGAGCGCGGCAAAAAACUUGUGUUGGAGCAGGUCAUCACAACGAUAGCGUCAGUUGCCGAUGCUGCUCAGGACCAGUUUAUUGUUUUCUAUGACAGCUUAAUGCCUCCACUGAAGUAUAUUUUACAAAAUUCGAAUGUCGAAGAAUUGAAUACUCUUCGUGGUAAAACUAUUGAAUGUAUAUCUUUGAUCGGAUUAGCGGUGGGGAAGGAAAAGUUUGCUAAAGAUGCGAAUGAAAUUAUGCAAAUGUUAUUGACCAAUCAGGCUCAAUUCGAGCAUAUUUCAGUAGAUGAUCCUCAGAUAUCUUACAUGAUUAGUGCUUGGGCCCGGAUAUGUAAAAUUCUUGGUGAAGGAUUUGCUGCUUUUUUACCACUUGUAAUGCCUCCAGUAUUACGAGCUGCAUCAAUCAAACCUGAUGUUACGCUGAUGAAUGAUGAAGAUAUCGCUAAUCAGGAAGAGGAUCCAGAUUGGAAUUUUGUCCCUCUGGGUGACCAGAAGAUGUUCGGUAUAAAAACAGCUGGACUGGAAGAUAAAGCCACCGCAUGUGAAAUGCUUGUAUGCUAUGCCCGUGAACUCAAAUCAGCAUUCAGCCCUUAUAUCGAACCUGUUACCCAAAUAAUGCUCUCUCAUCUUAAGUUCAUGUUUCAUGAUGCUGUGCGUUCUGCAGCGGCCGAUAUUUUCCCAUGUUUACUGGAAUGUGCUCGAGGUAGAGGUGAUCAAUUCAGAAUGCAGCUUUGGAAUGCCGCCAUAUCAGCAUACAAAGAAGCUAUCGAGGGAGAGCAUGAUAAAGAAGUGCUAGCUGAUCAACUUCAUGGAGUGGCGCAGUGUAUUGAGGAAUUGGGUCCAUCACUGAUUACACAGGAGCAACUAGAAUUGGUCUUGGGUAUCGUCAAUCAACAAAUGGUCGAAUAUACUGAACGGUCUAUAGAACGUGGAAAACAGAAGGAUGAAGAUGAUGAUGAAGAGGAUGUAGCACAAGCGCUGAAAGAUGAAUUAGAAGAGGAAACGGGUGUAUUGGCACGCAUUUCAGAUAUUAUACAUUGCCUUUUUAAGGCAUAUGGUCACAACUUUGUUCCAUAUUUUGAAAGAUUGGCUGAACAUUUUAUUCCGCUGUUGGAUGCACGAAGGUAUUACAGUGAAAGGCAGUGGGCCAUUUGCAUAUUCGACGAUUUGAUUGAAUAUGGUGGUGAUGCAAGUAUCAAAUAUUACUCGUCUUUUUAUGGUCCUAUGCUUAGUGCUCUUUCCGACGAAUACCCGGAAGUUCGUCAAAGUGCGGCAUAUGGAUUUGGAAUUAUGGGACAGCACGGUGGCAAUACUUAUGCACAAGCAUGCGCAGGCGCCUUACCACAUCUAGCAAAUAUGAUUUCGAGAGCGGAUGCGAGAUCUACUGAAGAAGGGAAUGUAGCAACUGAAAAUGCUAUUAGUGCUGUCGCUAAAAUUCUUAAAUAUAAUUCGUCGGCAGUUGAUGUGAAUGCG